AAGGGGAGGAGCCAGCCGUGUAAGGGAGGAAGUGGAAUCAUAGAGGCGGAGUGAUGUUUGUUGUACCUGUCCGAGGAGAGCGGUGACAGGACGGAGAUCGGAGCUGGCGCUGGGUGGUGAAGGGGAGAUAGCAGGGCAAGUCGCUACUAACAACACAGCGCCCCCCAGUGUGUGGAGCCCCCCCUUAUGUGUGGUGAUCCGGCCAGGAAGGCUCGGUGACAGCCCUUGGCCAGCUAUUGUGUGAGGAGGAUGUCGGGCUGGGUGUGUGUCUGCUGCCUGCUGUACUGUGCUGUAUGGCCGGGCUCCUCAGCACACUCUCUGGAAUGGUUCACCGCCCUGGUCCGUACGGAAUACACCGAGCCUCUCACUAACAGCACGGUGCACGGCUCCACCGAGAGCGGCCGCUAUGGGGACAGCUCGCCCAAGGAGAGCGUACAGGGGCUGGUGGGCUUCCCUCGGGAGCCGGGCCAUGUGGAGGGUUGCCACCCCGACACCCACUAUGUCGUGCCCGGUAUGAGCCCCCGGGCUAUGGAGGAGGGCGAGCCUUGGAUAGCGCUGGUAGCCCGAGGAGGGUGUACCUUCAAGGACAAGGUGGUGAACGCUGCCCGCAGGAAGGCAUCAGCUGUGGUCAUCUACAACGAGGCCAAGAGUGGUAAUGCCACCGUGCCCAUGGCACACCUAGGAACUGGCAAUACAGUCGUAAUAAUGGUUGGCUAUCCUAAAGGCAUGGAUAUUAUGGAAGUUCUAAGAAGACAAAUCCCAGUGAAGAUGAUGAUUACUGUAGGCACUCGCCAUGUCCAGGAAUUUAUUAGUGGUCAGUCGGUAGUGUUUGUGGCUAUUGCCUUCAUCACCAUGAUGAUCAUAUCCUUGGCCUGGCUCAUUUUCUACUAUAUACAGCGUUUUUUGUAUACAGGAGCUCAGUAUGGAAAUCAGAUCAACCGCAAAGAAACCAAAAAAGCAAUUAGCCAGCUACAGCUACACAGGGUGAAAAGAGGAGAAAAGGGAGUCGAUAUUGAGGCAGAAAAUUGUGCAGUAUGUAUAGAAAACUACAAACCCAAAGAUGUUGUGCGCAUUCUUCCAUGCAAGCAUAUUUUCCACCGGUUAUGUAUAGACCCAUGGCUACUUGAGCACAGAACAUGUCCAAUGUGUAAAUUGGAUGUUAUUAAAGCGCUCGGAUAUUGGGUGGAGCCUGAAGAACCUCUGGAAAUCCCUGAAUCCAUUGCUGGCAGCAGCCUCUCAGUGGGGACUUUAAGUUUUGCCCAAGAGGAGAACCGAAGUGAAAUAAACAACCUGCCUACGUCUUCGACGGGUGACACUCUACAGCAGUGUAGUAGUGCCAAGGAGGAUGCAGAGGAGACGACUGCUUUACUAGAUGAUCCUGGCAGCGAGGAUACAGGGGAACAGACACAAAAUUCUGGAAGCUCUUCUUCUCACUAGCCUUCCUCACAUAGGACCUUUCAAGACUGUGCUAGAACUUGUUUCUAAUUUUACGGGUUUAAACAAGCCAUGAACUGACAGUUGGUUUAAUGAGAGGAGAAUGGCAAGCCUACAACAUUCUGAUACAUAUCCUUUGUUUUCUUAAUAUUCAAACCCUUUCACCAAGAAAUGCAUAUGGCACUUGUUACAUGUUUGUUUUAAGGUCAAAUGAUACAUUAAUAUGCAGAUCAGUCUCUGAUUACACUGGGGUAAUCAUUGGAUUCAGUUCUUCUCUUGGAGGUGAUAUAUAUAUAUUUCGGCUGAAAUCUGGAAUCUAUAUUUUGUACUGGACUGUAGCAGCAUGGACGUUGGUUAUGUUUACGUUAAAGGCUGCUCUGGACUCCUCUCUUACAUGUAUUCAUGAAAACGUGAACAAAGACACACGUAAAGCACUUAUUAGAGGGGAAGUUACCUGUGUUCUGGUACUUAAUCCUCUAACAUUUUGUUCAUGAUGGCGCUGAUUCUGGAUAUCUGCCUCAGGAAUCUGUAUAGACUGCAGCAAUGAACAAGUUCUGUUACUUGUGAUUCACCUUCCAGUCCGGACCCCCACAGCGAGGAACAAGUUCUCUUCUGCUGGAUUCCACUCCACUCAGGAAUCCACGCACCCGCAGAGAUAAUGCUUUGUUUUGGAUUCAGCUCAGGAAUCUGUGUGAUUGCCGUGAUUAAGAGGUUCUGUUGUAGUGGAUAAACCUGUAACAUUACAGCACUGCCCAGCUUUCUGUGGAUAUACUCAUAACUCAUCGAUUAUUUAAAGGUUUCAUUCAUUACCUAGGGGCAUAUUUAUAAAGACCUGUCUAAUCUAGGCACAUUUUUGUAACUUUUAGUGCACCUAUAAUUUGGCAAAUGUGUUCGAAAAUGUUUUUAAAAAAUAAUUUAAAUGUACA